AUGAGUCUCCAAAGUGCAGGAAAGGUUGAGAUCAAAAUACAGGAAACACAAGAUGAAAUAGAAAAUGGAAAAGACAAUGUCAAAGAGUUGCACGAUAUGGCAAAUACGUUGGACAAUCUUUCCAACAGUAUUGGAAAAAGACAGAUCCCUAGAAAUCGAUCCACAGAUGUGAAGGAAAAUACUACGAGAAAAGCAUCAUCCGGACAGAUGAUAGCGGCCAUGCAAAAUGAAAUUGAUCAUUUAAAGGUAGAGACAGAAGAAGUGAAAUCACAGUUGAAUGUCCAGAAACGAAGGAAGAAGGAGCUUGAGUCCAAAAAGCUGAAUUUAAUAAACUUGCUAGAAUCACUUAAAAUGCAAGAAACAUCAAUCGCUAAUAUGGUGAAUCGAAAGCAGCGUACAAUGAAAGAAGAUCGAAAAAUGCACGAAGGUCUCGAACUUCAGAUUUCGAAACUGCAAGAGGAGAAAGAAGCUUUGAAGGAGGAAAUUGGAAUCGUGGAAAGCGAGAUGAAGACAGCUUCAGAGGAAACUGAAACGUAUACAGUUUUACAGAAAGAUUUAGAAAAGGAUUAUGAUAAAGUUGCUUCAGAGAAUUUGAAAAAGGACCCCGAAGUUGACGAAGAGGUACAAGAGCUAAAUGAUACCUUUCAAGGAGUAGAAGGAACUAUUUUAAGGCAUUUGGAAGAAACAAAGCAAGUUGAGAAGCCUUUGAGAGACUCGAUGACAAACAGCAGCGGUGAAAAAGAAAAGAUAGCACAUUCAUUGGAAAAAGCAAAAAAUGACGCUCAUAUGUAUUCAAGCUUUAUUGAAAAUUAUCUCAGUCAACUGUGUUCCAACUUGGAUGUUCAGUUGGGUUCUAUAGGAAGCACACAAAGCCAAUUGAGUGAAAUGCAGCAGAGCCUUGAGAUGGACGAUGAAGAGUUUACAAAUUUGAACUCUAGUCUCGUGACUGAAACGACCGGCAUGGACUCUAGCUAUCAAUUAAAUGAUGACCAUCCUUCCUCUAAUUUGGAUUCAUAA